GAUAUGACGGGAUAGCUUGGCUUGCAGAGCUGUCCAAUUGGAUCCCGGCGCACAGAGAAAUGGGCGUGACGUUUUUUUAGCGGAGUUGUCCUCGGGGUCUCCCGAGCCGCGGCGUUCACGUACGUUUGAAGUUUUUCCCCCAGGUGCGCGGGGCAUCGUGCAGCAGCGUCAGCGCAGGGAUACUUGACGUUCCCGGCAACACCUCGGAAAUUACUGCGCUCCUCUUCCGUACCUGGCCACCCGAUGAAAGGUGGACUGUGCGAUGGCUUCUGCUCCACCUGAGCCGAGGAAGUUCACCAGGGGGCUCAACAAGCCUGGGACCGCGGCGGAGCUCAGGCAGAGCGUCUCUGAGGCUGUCAGAACUUCAGUGUUGAUGGUAAAACCAAAGAUUAUAGAGCCUCUGGACUAUGAGAAUGUGGUCCUCCAGCGGAAGACCCAGAUCAUAAGCGAUGUUCUGCGUGACAUGCUGCAGUUCCCUACGGAUGACUUCCAGAUCUCCACCCUGCGGCGCCAGGGACGGACUCUGCUCUCCACUGUGCCAGAGACUGCUGAGAAAGAAGCUUCCUCACUGUUUGUCCAAGAGUGCAUUAAAACGUACAAGUCUGACUGGCAUGUGGUCAACUACAAGUACGAAGAGUAUUCUGGAGACUUUCGCCAGCUUCCGCAUAAGGUGUUGCGACCUGAGAAACUUGCUGCCCACGUGUUUGAAGUGGACGAAGACGUGGAAAAAGACGAGGAUGCUGCCUCUCUUGGAUCUCAAAAGGGAGGAGUGUCUAAGCAUGGCUGGCUCUACAAAGGCAACAUGAACAGCGCAAUUAGUGUGACCAUGAGGUCCUUCAAGAGGAGAUACUUCCAUCUGGCUCAGCUGGGUGAUGGAUCCUACAACCUCAACUUCUAUAAAGAUGAAAACACCUCCAAGGAACCCAAAGGGACCAUCUUCCUUGACUCGUGCAUGGGCGUUGUUCUGAAUAGCAAAGUGCGUCGAUUCGCCUUUGAGCUGAAGAUGCAGGAUAAGAGCACGUUCCUGCUGGCUGCUGACAGCGAAGCAGAAAUGGAGGAGUGGAUCGGCACCCUGAACAAGAUUCUCCACAGCAGCUUCGAACAGGCCAUGCAAGAGAAAAGAAACGGAGACUUGAACGAUGAUGAGGACCAUGGAAAAGCAGAGAUUUCCUCAGGAAGCUUUCCAGACAACUUUCAGACUGCCAGAGACAUUGAAUCCAAAAUGAGAAGUGAAGCUCGCCUUAAGCUGUUUACUCUGGAUCCAGACACCCAGAAACUGGACUUUUCUGGCAUCGAACCAGAGGUGCGUCCGUUUGAAGAGAAGUUUGGAAAGAGAGUCCUGGUCAGCUGUCACAACCUCUCGUUCAACCUGCAGGGUUGUGUCACAGAAAACGAAGAGGGGCCAACGACUAACGUUGAACCCUUCUAUGUGGUCCUGUCCCUCUUCGAUGUCCAGAACAGUAGAAAGAUCUCAGCCGACUUCCAUGUGGAUCUCAACCACCCCUUGGUCCGCCAAAUGACAUGCGGCCAUGGUAGCGGGUCCAAUUUGGAAAUCAUUGGUGAUGGUCCUCCAGAAGACCUUGGACUGGCUCCUCGCUAUCCCACACAGGGAGUCUUCUCGGUAACUUGCCCUCACCCAGAGAUCUUCCUGGUCGCCAGAAUAGAGAAGGUCCUCCAAGGGGGGAUCACCCACUGCACCGAACCUUACGUGAAGAGUUCCGACUCCACCAAAGUUGCUCAAAAGGUGUUGAAGAACGCCAAGACAGCUUGCAGCAGACUGGGACAGUACAGGAUGCCAUUUGCCUGGGCUGCAAGGCCUGUGUUCAAGGAUGCAUCAGGAACUCUGGAGAAAAACGCUCGCUUCUCAGCUCUUUACAGACAGGACAGCAGCAAGCUGUCAGACGAGGACAUGUUCAAACUCCUCACCGACUUCAGAAAGCCUGAAAAAAUGGCCAAACUUCCUGUGCUCUUGGGGAACUUAGAUGUUACUAUUGAUAACGUGGCACCGGAUGUACCCAACUGUGUCACGUCCUCGUACAUCCCUGUGAAAAACUUUGAGCAGAACGGUCCAGCCAGUGCUCUUCUGGAGGUGGAGGAGUUUGUGCCCUGCAUUGCUAAGUGUGCCCAACCAUUCACUAUAUAUAAAAACCACCUCUACGUCUACCCCAAACACCUCAAGUAUGAUGGACAAAAGUCUUUUGCAAAGGCGAGGAAUAUUGCUGUUUGUGUUGAAUUCAAGGAUUCAGAUGAGGAUGAAGCCCGCCCACUAAAGUGCAUCUACGGGCGUCCCGGAGGACCUCUGUUCACCAAACAGGCGUACGCAGCCGUUCUUCACCACCAGCAGAACCCUGAGUUCUAUGACGAGAUAAAAAUAGAGCUGCCAACUCAGCUGCAUGACAAACAUCACCUACUCUUCAGCUUCUACCAUGUCAGCUGUGACAACAACAGCAAGAAAAAGGAUGUAGUAGAGACUCCUGUGGGAUCGGCUUGGCUGCCGCUGCUGAGGGAUGGGGGCAGAGUCAUCAUGAAUGAACAGCAGCUUCCUGUGGCUGCGAAUCUGCCUUGCGGGUAUCUCAGCUCCCAGGAUGGGGUCAGCAAGCAGUCCGGCUCCGAGAUUAAAUGGGUCGAUGGAGGCAAAGCGCUGUUCACAGUCUCGACCCAUCUUGUAUCUACAGUCUACACUCAGGAUCAGCAUCUGCACAACUUCUUCCAACACUGUCAAAGCAUGGACAUGUCAGAACAAGCUUCAGAGGGAGAGCUGAUUAAAUACCUUAAGAGUCUUCAUGCAAUGGAAGGUCACGUGAUGGUCAACUUUCUGCCCACCAUCCUCAACCAGCUCUUCUGCGUCCUCACCAGGGCAACGCACGAGGACGUGGCCGUCAACGUUACCAGGGUGAUGGUUCACGUAGUGGCGCAGUGCCACGAGGAGGGACUCGAGCAUUACCUGAGAUCUUUCAUCAAGUUUGUGUUUAAGCCAGAGCCGUGCUCCUCCAUCAGUCUGAGAACGGUUCACGAGGAGCUUGCAAGGGCGAUGACAGCCAUCCUCAAGCCAUCCACGGACUUCCUAACUAGCAACAAGCUGCUGAAGCACUCGUGGUACUUCUUUGAGGCGUUGGUAAAAUCGAUGGCUUAUUAUCUCAUAGAGAGUGGUAAGGUCAAGCUCUCGAGGAACCAGCGUUUUUCCGCUUCCUUCUACCACGCCGUGGAAACUCUGGUCAACAUGUUGAUGCCGCACAUUACCCAGAAAUACAAGGACAACCUCGAUGCGUCUCGCAAUGCCAACCACAGCCUGGCGGUUUUUAUCAAGCGCUGCUUCACCCUAAUGGACAGAGGCUUCGUGUUCAAGCAAAUCAAUAAUUACAUGAACUGCUUUGUUCCUGGAGACCCAAAGACUCUGUUUGAGUUGAAGUUCGAGUUCCUACGGGUGGUUUGCAACCACGAGCACUAUGUGCCUCUGAACCUGCCAAUGCCGUUUGGAAAAGGCAGAAUCCAGAGGUUUCAAGAUCUCCAGCUGGACUACUCGCUGAACGACGACUUCUGCCGGAACCACUUCCUGGUGGGCUUGCUGCUGCGGGAAGUGGGCGGGGCGCUUCAAGAGCACAGAGACAUCCGUCAGAUCGCCAUCCAGGUGCUCAAGGGACUCAUGAUCAAACACACGUUUGACGACCGGUACGCUGCCAAAAGUCACCAAGCCAGACUCGCCACGCUCUACCUCCCUCUGUUCGGCCUUCUUCAGGAGAACGUCUACAGACUGGACAUCAAGGACUCCGCUCCCUACGGCAACCACAAUAACGUGAGGGAGGACUCGCUGGUUCCAAACUCCACGGUGACUCCUCAGAAGCCCGGAAGCUGCAUAGAAAACGCUCUCCACAAAGAUGUGUUCGGAGUCAUCUCUGGGACAGCCUCACCUCACAGCUCCACUCCUAACGUGAGCUCAGUUCACCACGAGGACUUCAGAGGCUCUCUGGUCUCCACCGACUCUGCAAACAGCCUCCUGGACAAGAGCAGUGACAAGACCAACUCUUUGGAGAAGAGCCAGUGUGUGUCGGCAGUGGGCAGCGCCGUGCUGCGCUGUGACAAGCUGGACCGGGACGAGAUCGGAAAGCUGCUCAUGUGCUUUCUGCACAUCCUCAAGAGCAUGUCGGAGGAGGCCCUGUUUGCUUAUUGGAACAAAGCAGCUCCUUCAGAGUUAAUGGACUUCUUCACUCUAAUCGAAAUCUGUCUCCAUCAGUUCAGAUACAUGGGGAAAAGAUUCAUUGCCAGGAGUCAGGAGGGCGCAGGUCCUGCCGCUGCAGACAGGAAGUCUCUGACUCUGCCCGUGUCUCGUCACAGGGCAGGGAUCCUGCACGCCCGUCUGCAGCAACUGGGAGCUCUGGAGACUGCGCACACCAUCAAUAACAUGUACUCCCAAACAGAAGCUGACGUAAACAGCCAGUGCCUGCUGGAGGCCAACGUGUCUACGGAGGUCUGCCUGACUGUGCUGGACACGCUCUGCACCUUCAUCAUGGGAUUCAAGACCCAGCUGAAUUCAGAUCUGGGCCACAACCCCCUGAUGAAGAAGGUGUUCCAGGUGCAUCUGUGCUUCCUGCAGAUCCCUCAGUCGGAGGCUGCCCUCAAACAGAUCUUCACCUCCCUCAGGACCUUCAUCUUCAAGUUUCCCUGCACGUUCUUUGACGGCAGGGCCGACAUGUGCGCCUCGCUCUGCUACGAGAUCCUCAAGUGCUGCAACUCCAAGCUGAGCUCCAUCCGCGGCGACGCAGCCCAUCUCCUUUACUUCCUCAUGAAGAGCAACUUCGACUACACGGGCCGCAAGUCUUUUGUGCGGACCCACCUGCAGGUGGUGAUAGCCGUCAGCCAGCUGAUAGCUGAUGUCAUCGGAAUUGGGAGCACUCGCUUCCAGCAGUCGCUUUCCAUCAUCAAUAACUGCGCCAACAGUGACAAGAGCAUAAAGCACACAGCGUUCCCAUCAGACGUGAAGGACCUGACCAAACGCAUCAGGACGGUGCUGAUGGCCACCGAGCAGAUGAAGGAGCACGAGAACGACCCCGAAAUGUUGGUGGACCUCCAGUACAGCUUGGCCAAGUCCUACACCAGUACCCCCGAGCUCCGCAAGACCUGGCUGGACAGCAUGGCUCGCAUCCACAACAAGAACGGCGACCUUUCCGAGACAGCCAUGUGCUACGUUCAUGUCGCUGCGCUGGUUGCGGAGUACCUGUGGAGAAAAGGUAUGUUCAGGCAAGGCUGCACAGCGUUCAGGGUCAUCACUCCGAAUAUUGACGAGGAGGCAGCCAUGAUGGAAGACGUAGGGAUGCAGGACGUUCACUUCAGUGAGGAGGUGCUGUUGGAGCUGCUGGAGGAGUGCGCCGAUGGCCUGUGGAAGGCCGAGCGUUAUGAGCUCAUCGCCGAUAUCUACCGGCUCAUCAUUCCCAUCUAUGAACAGCGCAGGGACUUUGAGAAACUGACACACCUCUACGACACGCUCCACCGUGCCUACACCAAGGUGAUGGAGGUGAUGCACUCCGGAAAGAGACUGCUGGGCACGUACUUCAGGGUGGCCUUCUUUGGACAGGGCUUCUUCGAGGAUGAGGAUGGAAAGGAGUACAUCUACAAGGAGCCAAAGUUCACGCCGCUCUCUGAAAUUUCCCAGAGGCUUCUCAAGCUCUACUCUGACAAGUUUGGCCCAGAGAACGUCAAGAUCAUUCAGGAUUCUGGCAAGGUUAACCCAAAAGACCUGGAUUCAAAGUACGCCUACAUCCAGGUGACUCACGUUACGCCUCACCUGGAUGACAAGGAGCUGGACGACAGAAAAACCGACUUCGAGAAGAGCCACAACAUCCGGCGCUUCGUGUUUGAGACGCCGUUCACCGUUUCGGGCAAGAAGCAGGGCGGAGUGGAGGAGCAGUGCAAAAGGCGCACAAUACUAACCACAACCCACUGUUUCCCUUACGUUAAGAAGCGCAUAGCGGUCAUGUACCAGCACCAGAGCGACCUGAGCCCCAUAGAGGUGGCCAUAGAUGAGAUGAGCGCUAAGGUGGCCGAGCUGCGGCUGCUGUGCUCGUCCGCCGAGGUGGACAUGAUCCGGCUGCAGCUCAAGCUGCAGGGCAGCAUCAGCGUUCAGGUCAACGCGGGUCCCCUCGCGUACGCCAGGGCCUUUCUAGAUGACAGCAGUGCCAAGAAAUAUCCAGACAACAAGGUCAAACAGUUAAAAGAGGUCUUCAGGCAGUUUGUGGAGACCUGCGGUCAGGCGCUGGGAGUGAACGAACGGCUGAUUAAAGAAGACCAGCAGGAGUAUCACGACGAGAUGAAGGCCAACUACAGGGACAUGAUCAGAGAGCUGUCAGACAUCAUGCACGAACAGAUAAACGCAGUGGAGGAUGGUUCGAGGAGUACCCUGUCCGACUCCAUGGGCAUCUUCAACGCCAUCAGUGGCACCCCCAGCACCAACUCACAUGGGUCAACCACCAUCCUCUGAGUGGGCCGUGCCACGCCCGUCCUCCAUCACCCGUAGCGACCGGUCGAACUCUCCGAGGAGUAAAACGGGGCAAAUUCACCGAAGACGCGUCGCAUUAUUUCUGUCCGUGUGACCAGCUGAAAAAAAAAAAAAAAAGGUGUAUUCCAGUCUUUUUUUUUUCUUGUUUCCUAUGGAGACUUUAGUUUAUGUUGUUGAAGUGUUCACUUUGACGGAUAUUCCUUUGUUGUGUUGGUGGGGAAGACAUAAACUACAUGAUAUCUUAAAGGUGCAACAACCACUACUGUGACUGAAAACAUAUUGUUUUCUCCUCCUUCGAGUGUCUGAGGCACCUCGAACUUUAGUAUUUGUUAGGCUCUCAGUUAUGUACAGGCGCCUUUACAAUGCAGGCUGCUGCUCUAGCUGUACACCUAUUAGUGAUCAUGUACAGUAUUUUUGAAAUACUUAGGAAAAAAAAAAAAGAUUUUCCAUCAAAACCCAGUGAGAGCAGAUACAUUUUGUAUUUCAUUUUUUUUUUUUUUUAAA